AUGUAUUUUUUAUGUGAAGUUAUUAUGAAUAAUAGUGAAAUAUUUGGAACAUUUGUAGAAUUAUUAUAUUCUAGUAGUUAUUCCAUUAACUUUAAUACAAUGAAUCCUUUUUCAUAUAUAAUUCAAUUACGAUUAAAGUUAUUUGAAAUUCUACGUUAUAUAUUUAAAUCAUUAACAUGUUAUUUAAAUCUUUUUAGGAUAUAUAUUAAACAUUAUAGAAUAAUAAAAACAUAUGUUGAUCUUGUUUUAAAGAAACACCUUCAAACAGACACACUUGAAUUUGAUGGAGGAAUUAUUAUAUUUCGAUUAUACUCAUUAAUUAUCAGAAUUUUAUUUAUUCAAAAGUCAUCAAAAUCAAUAACAUAUAAAUUAAUAAGUGGGUAUUUUAAAUUACAACAUUAUUCUUUAGGAGAUUUUACUCAAAGAAGAUUAAUUAAUCUUAAUAAUAAUGAUAUUAAUGAUUUUGAAGAAGAAAUGCCUAUGCAUAUUGAUAUUAGAUGGUUAUUUACUGAUUCUUAUUUUCAAAAAACUACAUUACUAGAUUCAGAAAAGAAAAAAUUAUCAAAAACUUCAUUAUUAUUUGCACAAGGAAUUCUUCAUUCUUAUGUAUCUAUAUUAAAAUCUUUGAAAAAUUGGGAUCUAUUCUUCUUAAAACAAAAAAAACAAAAAACAUUUCUUCCAAUACAAUAUCUAUUAAUUUAUUCAUUUGAUCCUUUAUUUGGUAAAUCUCUUGAUACAUUCUUUCUUCAAUUGGUAUAUUCACAAUAUAAUUUUAUUCAAGAUAUUGAUUUAAUUCAAAAACAAAAUAUUCAUCAAUUAUUUGGUUUGGAUUAUGAAAUGAUGUUAAUAUUUAAUAUGAUUAAUGAAAAUAAUUAUGAACCUUUAAACGAUCCUACAAUUAAAUAUCUUACUUGUAUUGUAAUGAUUUAUAUUGAUAUUUCUUAUGUUAGAUAUAAUAUUAUUAAUGAACAAGAUGUUUCAAUAUUACAACAACUUAACCCUUCAUUAAAUAAUUAUUGUUGGUUUCAAAAUGGAAAUGUUGUUUUUAAUAUGAAUUCUUCCUUACCAAUUAUUAAACUCUCACCAACUGUUUUUAAUCAAAUCCCUUAUUUUAAUAGAUACAUUCCAAUAAUUUAUCAAGAUGAUUAUCAUCGUAUUUGGAUCAAAUUAUUUAAUGAAUCUUAUAAAGAAUUUAAAGACCCUUAUUCUAUUCUUUCAUCUCCAUUAAUUAAAUUCCCUUAUAUUAUCGAUUCUACAAAAAAUCUCCUAUUUUCACUUAUUGCAAAAAUAGAUAAUGAAUGGAAAAUAAAUAUAGAAUCUACUAAAGAAGUAUUACUUUUUAUAAGAAUUCAAUGGAUUUUUAUUCAUUUAUGUAAUUGCAAAAAUCCUUAUGAACCUAACAAAAUUUUUUUACUAUUAAAUAUUAUCGAAAAAAUAAUUAUUUUUCAAUCUAAUCUUCUCAAUUCUAAAAAUAUCUCAAUUAAUCUCACUGAUUCAAUAGAAAUUAAUCAACAAAAAAUCUUUGAACUCCGUUGUCUCAACGAAAACAAUUUAAUUAAUGUGUAUAUCAUUGAAAGCUUAUUAAAUGUCUUUCAACAUCUCAAAGACUCUAUCUCAUUAAUAAAUUCUUAA